CAAUCACGGUUGCCAUAGCAACCAGUAAACAACAAACCGACUGCGCUUGUUCUCGCACAAUUUUUUUAUCGCCUGACCCACAUUAGAGGUGAAAAAUAAUUUGUUUUAAGUGGUACCUAUUAUGGAUUAUUCCGAGGGCAGCGGGGAUCGUAGCGGGGGCAGGCGGCCAGACGCCCCGCGACCGGUGUCCAGAAGGGGAUAUCGCGAGUAUAGUAGUGGUUCCGCUGUGUCUAGAAGCGGCAGCAUGAGACCAGCGUCGGCAUACCGGGGCAAUACCGCCUCGCGUCUAUCUACAUCAGGCUUCGGUCCCGCUCCGCCAACCGCUAGCCGUCAGCCCACAGCCAUGACUGGAUUCUCCAUGAUCGAUCGUCCAAUAACACAACAAGGGAUAUCGGGACUUCGAACAAGUACCGCUCGAGGUUUCCGUACACGGCAGCUUCAAGACAAGCGAUACUGGGAGGAGGUGAUGCAAGUGAAAGUACGAGAGAUGAAGGCGGAGAUCGCGAGGCUAAGCGAACAGGCUGAUGCGGGCGAGAGGGAACGAUCCGCGAAGAAACAUUACGAGAAGAGAGUAAGAGAGCUAGCACAGGAAUUGACUGAUUUACAAGGACGCCUAGCUGACUACAACACAGCCAUUAGAAUUGCUAAUGGAGAAGCAACUACACAAUCGGUAGAAGAGCAGACCAAAGAAUUGGAAUUAGCCAAUCAAAAGAUGCAGGAAGAGGUAGAACAAGUGUUUAUAGAGAAACAAAGGAAGGAGAAUCAACUAAGACAACUGAGAGAGCAAAUGGAAAAAGAACAAUCAACAAUAUCUAAACUUAUGGCUGAGAUGACACCCGAGCAGAAGGCGCAGUAUGGCGACUUGGAAGCCACGGCAGCGUCUUUGAGAGAGGAGGUGGAACAGGCAAAAUCGCAAAAAGACCAGUUGAAUAGGGAAAAAGAAGUAUUAAGCAGAGAAAUAUCGGGGUCACAGAUAAAAAUGCACCUCCUGGAGCUCCAUCGAAGGUUAGUUGCUGCCGAAGAAAAACGAGAUAACAUGAAAAACGAAAUGAAUAACCGUUUAGAUCCACAGGAAGAAAGAGAAAAAUUGUUACUACAGGUCCGAGAAGAUAAUGCUGCAAUCGCUUCACUAGAUAGCAACGCUGCCAACGUAAAAGAGCAAAUAAAAAAAGUCCAAGAAUUGAUCGAGCAAGCAGAACAGGAUUUAGAAGAGGGUAAUUCGGAACGUCAUCAAAAAUAUCGUGAAUUAAAGAAAAGGGAAGAAACGAUGGAUAGCUUCAUGAGCACUUAUGAAGAAAAUCUUAAAAAAGAACAAGAUAAAAUUGAACAGCUUGAGAAAGACAUCGUUUUUGCUCUAGAACACAGUAGCUCGAACAUAGAUUUGGAUCUCAGGGAAAUCGACAAUUUAAAACAGAAAGAAGGCUACACUUCGCUUUACGAUGAAAAUAAGAAGUCCGUAGACGCUUUGAUGAAGGAUUAUGAAAGAUUCCAGGCAAAUUUGAAGAAGGCGGAAGGCACCCGAGAACGUUUGGCAACUGAAUUGCAAACACUACCGGAGAAGACUCAAGUCAUGAAAGAAGAACUUGUUACACUGAGUGACUUAGAAAAAUUAAGGGAAGAAGGUGAAGAACAGAAAAAAGCUCUAGAGAUAGAACUGCAGCAACUCAAAGAGAAAAUAACGCCCACUGAGCACGCUGUCGUAGAAGCAGCAAGCAAGCUGAAGAAAUUACAGGAAAGUCUAGAAGGAAAUGAGAUGUACGCUAAACUGAACAGUCUAGAGGAGCAAUUGGCUCAGCUAGAGUCGAGAAAAACUAUACUGGAAGAAGAUAUCGCGUCGAUAACUUUGAAGGCUGAUUACGAACCAUUGAAGAAGCAGGCGAUGGAAGAGUUGGCGGCACUGAACAAGAAGAUUAUCGAAGAUCUGAACAGUGCUAAGUCUUAUUGAACAAUUCAAUAUAAUUAUUCAAUUAUAAAUUAAAAUAUCUUA